AUGGAAAGAAAAAGAAAAGAAGAUGUGAAGAGAAAUAGUUUGCGUCUCAAGGCAACAAUUGAAUGUUUAAUGUGGCUUGCUUUACAACAAUGUGCAUUCAGAGGUCAUGAUGAGUCAAAAAGUUCAAGGAAUCGCGGGAAUUUUAUUGAGUUGUUAAAGUUUUCAGUAAUACUUAAUGAAAAUGUGAAUUCAGUUGUUUUGGAAAACGCUCCUGGAAAUUCCAAAUAUACGUCACCGAGUGUUCAAAAAGAGAUUUUGAGCAUUAUAUCUAACAGAGUUAGAAGUAAGAUUCGCGAGGAAAUUGGGAAUGCUAAAUAUUGUAUACUUGUUGAUGAAUCCAGAAACGAUUCCAAGAAAGAGCAAAUGGUGAUUGUUUUAAGGUGUGUAGAUAUGUAUGGUUGUGUUCAAGAAAUGUUUUUUGAUAUUCAACGUGUUGAUGAUACACGCGCAUUAACUUUGAAAAAAGGAAUAACAAAAAUCCUUAAUUAUUAUGGUCUUGAAAAUGAAAAUAUGCGAGGGCAGGGGUAUGAUGGUGCUAGUAAUAUGCGAGGUCAGUGGAAUGGAGCAAGUGAUCCGAACGUGACUGCUAAAGUUGGUGAAGCUCAAAGUAUUUCUGAAGAAAUGAGAUCAUUCAGGUUUGUCUUUGUCUUGCAUUUGAUGUAUAAAAUUAUGCGAAUUACUGAAAUAUUAUGUCAAAGCCUACAAAAGAAAACACUAGACAUUGUUAAUGCUAUGUCUUCAGUCUCAACCACAAAAUCUCUACUUCGAGAAUUGAGAGAAGAAGGUUGGGAAGAUUUUAUUACAACUGUGGUUAAAUUUUGUGGUAAACAUGAUGUUCAUACACCUAAUAUGGAGGCUCUCUAUAUGGAGGGUACGGGUCGUUCUUGUCAGCAGCGUGAUAAUAUCACAGUAGGCCAUCAUUAUCGUGUUGAUAUAUUUAAUACUACAAUUGAUUGUCAGUUGUUAGAGUUGGAUCGUAGGUUUCCAGAAGACACAAUAGAAUUACUAAUUCUAAGCUCGUGUUUGGAUCCUAGAAGUUAUUCAAUGUGGAUAGUCUUUGUGAUCUUGCUAAGAAAUUCUACCCUCUAG